GGAACACACCCGAGCAGGAAGUAGAAGGACACGGACGACGCCAUGGAAUAAAAGAAGAAAAACAAAAGGAAUGUUUCUUUUUAAGCGGCAUCCUUAAGCCCCGCCCUCAAAGAGUCAGCAGCGAGCAAAAUGUCUCGACUAAUAGAAGAGCAGCCACCCCCCGUUGCCGUGGAGACGGGCACGCCGCUGAAAAGGCAGGACCCGGUGUGCAUCGUGUGCUUCGGCAGCUACGACCUGGCCAAGCGGUUGCCACGGCGACUGCACUGCGGCCACACCUUCUGCCAGGCGUGUCUGAAGAGGCUGGACACGGUGGUCAACGAGCAGGUGUGGAUCCCGUGUCCUCAGUGUCGCCAGAACACGCCGUGUCCUCGAGGGGGCGCGUCAGGUCUGGACCUGGACUUGGCCUCCUUCCUGGCCAUCAAAGCGCGGCAGGCGGUUGGCUCCUCCUCCUCCUGGAGCGGCGAGAUGGCGGCCGGCGAGGCGGAGCAGGCCAAGAAGGUGUGGGCAGAAAAGGAGGCGGGAGCGGAGGGAUGGCCACAUGGCGGCCUGGCUGAGCCGCGCUUUCAUCGGCACGCCAACUGCUGCACGCUGCUCUCCCAUUGGCUGUGCCGCUGCUCCUGCUGCCUGAGGCGGAGCUAAACUAAAUAAGGGCGGUGACUAAUCCUUUAACAGCUGGCUGACCUUUGACCCCGCCGCCGACAAGAGAAA